AUGACUGAGGCACAGCCUCUCAACUUCCUGGAGGGUCAGGGUGUCGCUGACUGGGGGCAUCUCUAUUCGUCUCCUGUCACUGCCUGUGACCCCGACCUGAGGUCCUUCUGGGCCCUCCUCCUGGUGGUGCUUCGGCUGGUUGGCUUGCUGUCCACAGACACUGGGCUGCUCACUCGCCUGUUCAGUGGCCAGGCUGAGGGGCCACCCACCACCAAUGUCGUGUUCCUCAAGACACACAAGACAGCCGGCAGCACGGUGCUCAACGUCCUCUACCACUUUGCCGAGGGGCACAACCUGACCACAGCACUGCCCGCUGUCGGCUCCCGCUUCCACCUGGCCUCUCCCUGGCGCUUCUUGGCACACUACGUGGAGAGCGCCCACCAGGAUGAGCGAUCCUCCCCGCACUUCGACAUCAACCUGCCCGAGGUGCAGAAAGUCAUGCCCAACAACACCUUCUACUUCUCCAUCCUGAGAAACUCCCAGGCGCAGCUGGAGGCCUCCUUCACCCACCACCAGGACUACCUGCCCUUCCAAGGACUCCGAAGUCUGGACGCGUUCCUGCACCCGCCACAGCGGUACUACAAUGCCAGCCGGGGGUGA